ACAACCACCAAUUUUGUUAAAACACCUUUCAAGACAGAGUGUGUUAUCUUUACGACAAUUCGCUGAGUGUUAUACAGUGGACAAAUUAUUGCUCAAAAGUGGAUGGUUAUGACUUUGGAGAAUAAACGAAGGUUUGCCUUCUCUAAAAAUCAUGGCACCAGAAAAACAACACUUCUCACCAUAUUGUGUGUAUGGUGGGUGCUUACCUGGACUGGUGCCCAAGCGACAAGAAAAUGGCAGAAUCCUGAGACUUCUGAAAUGGAAGACAUGAGGACGAAGGAUCCUGUUACACAAAACAAAAAUGUACGGAAAGAAACGCAUGAAGAAAAUUCACAUCAUCCUUCAUAUUUUGCAAAUGCUGGAACUACUGGAUCUAAUUCUCAUAGAAAAACAACUGUAUCAUCAGUCAGUACUGCAGCAACAACACAAGCAACAAGCAGUAGAACAACAAGGACUACAAGACCUAAUAGUAAUUCAUCAUUGAACAACACUCCCUCAAAACCUGAUUUACCUACAGUCAUCGCAAAGCUGGUGUUCAACUGCUCAUUUCCUGUUCCCAGUGAGAGUUUGGUCCUCAAUGCUAUUGCAACUCUGCUAAACUCUCGAUCUUCCAGCAUCUCGAAUACUGUGAAAGUGCUAGGCUUCUUCUAUACCAACACUUCAGGCGACUCCUAUGAAGUUGUUUUCAUAAUGUCUGUCAAUGUCACCAUGCCAGACGACUUUGGACACAGGAAAAAUAUCAACAAGCAAAUCCAAAAAUCUAUCGACAACACACUGAACAGGUUAUUAAAUGAACCAAAAGCAGAAUCGUUUGAAUCCCAGAGCACCUCCUUCAGGGAUUUGGAAAUUGAUAUAGAGUACAGCUUUGGAUGUGGGCAUUACAAACCUCCAGUCAGCUUCCUAAAUGAACUCAGUGCUUCUGAAACAACUACAACACAGGUGGAGAACAACAACCCAACAACAAAAGAACACACAACAUUUACUCCAACACCUACAGGAAAUACAAACAUACCCAAAGCUAUUGUGAUUCACAUUAAAAUUGAGUUCACGGACCUGACCAUUGUACCAAGUGAGGAUGAGGUUCUUACAACUAUUGAUGCUGAAUGGAACAUUAGAAAAACUAGAGAGCUUGGAACACAAAUACCAGAAAAUGCUGUCAGCAUACAGGGCAUCUCCUAUGAGAAAACAGGCAGCAACUCGUACAGUAUAGACUUUGAGUACAGGAUCAGUAAGGUUCCAGAAAACAUUAAUCAGGCGUUUGAAACCUACAACUCAAUACAAAACACCACGAACCUUCUGCUGAGCUCAAUCUUAAAUGGCCCAAAUCCUGGACAAUUUACCUACCCACAAGUAACGUUCAGUGGCAACUCCACCACAAUUGUAGCCUUUCAAGUGUAUGUGUUUAAUGAGAACGAUAUCAAGACACCAAGUGGACUUCUUGUUCCGCUUCUCAUAAUCAAUGGUCAUGCACCUACAACUGCACCUACAACUACAGCUACAACUACAACUACACCUACAACUACAGCUACAACUACACCUACAACUACAGCUACAACUACAACUACAACUGUUCCAGCUACCAUUUCACUACAUCGGCAAACCCCCUCCACAACUACAUCAGCUGAGAUUCUCACCAGACUGGUGUUCAGCAAUUCGUCUCCCUUACCCUGUGAGAGUAUGGUCAUCAGUGCUAUCCAAACUCUGUUGAAGAAUCAAGGCAUAACAUUUCCUGACAAAGUAAUAGUGAUGAACUACACCUAUGAGAAAAUUUCUGACACUUCCUAUGCUAUCAAUAUCACAUUUAAUAUGACUAAUAUCAGAAUGCAUGGGAAUGAUGCCUGCAGGAAAGAAUUAGGAGACAACAUCAAGAGCUCUGUCAACAAUGCAAUUAAUGAACUUCUAAACAAGCCUGUUGCAAAACCAUUUGAAGAAGUGAAUUUCGAUUUCAGCGGCUGCUCACAAAAACCAAUUCAUACUUAUAUGGAAUACAGUUUCCAUGAUGGAACUAAUUUAACACCAGCCAGGUUCAUCAAAGAGCUUGGGACACAGAGUGAUUCAGCUUGUCCUAAAAGCAAUCCAGUUAUACCCACUGACCAUCCUUCAACAAUAAUUGGAGACGUAUACAUUUUUAUAACAGUUAUAUUUGAGAACUUGACUAAUGUACCUACUGAAGCUGAGGUUGUCAGUGCUGCUAAUGCUCUCCUGGAGUCCAAAAUCAGAACAAAGAGAGAUCUUGACACACAAAUACUGAAUGAACCUGUCAGCAUAAAGAACAUCACUUAUCAAAAAACGGGAAGCAACUCGUACAGUAUCGACUUUGCAUUUCAAAUUAGCAAUGUGAGCAUAGCUAUACUGCUAGAUCAGAGGAACCAAACAUAUGACUUAAUACAAUACAAAAUCAACAGCCUGAUGAAUACAAUCUUGAAUUACGCAACUGCCGCAUCAGUUAACUUCACACAAGCAAACUACCAGGGUAAUGGUUCAGUAAUAAAUGCAUUUCAAACAUAUAUCUAUAAGGAAGGUGAUAUCAAUUCACCAAGUAUGUUUCUUCAUCAACUACUCAUACUUCAUAACAAGACACCUCCUGCCACAACCACAACUGGAUCACAUUUGAUUCCUAUUGAUUGUUCAGGUGUGGUUCAAACCAGACUGGUGUUCAACUUGUCCUCUUCUGCCCUCAAUGUGAGUGAGGUCUUCAGUAAAAUUGCAGCUCUGAACUCUACACUCAAAAACAUCACUGAGCAUGUUACAGUGCUGAACAUCACCUAUGAGGGAAUUUCAAACAUCUCCACCACAGUUACCAUUCUAUUCAAAGUCUGUGAUAUCGACAAGCCCACAGGCCAGGACCACAAGAAUACAACCUACAACCCAGUGGGGAGCACCAUCAAUGACAUCGUAAACACACUUCUAAAUGAUACUGGUGCAGGUCCAUUACAGCCCAGUAUCACCAACUUCAAGAACUCAAAGAAUAAAGUUGAUGGUUACAUGGAAUACCAUAUACCAAGCAUCCCGGCUAAGACAGAGAACGCUCCAACGGUUGCUACAAGCACCACUCCUAUGCAGACUACUCCAGGAUCUUCUCCCACAACGUACGAUGAUUGUUCAGGUGUGGUUCAAACCAGACUGGUGUUCAACUUGUCCUCUUCUGCCCUCAAUGUGAGUGAGGUCUUCAGUAAAAUUGCAGCUCUGAACUCUACACUCAAAAACAUCACUGAGCAUGUUACAGUGCUGAACAUCACCUAUGAGGGAAUUUCAAACAUCUCCACCACAGUUACCAUUCUAUUCAAAGUCUGUGAUAUCGACAAGCCCACAGGCCAGGACCACAAGAAUACAACCUACAACCCAGUGGGGAGCACCAUCAAUGACAUCGUAAACACACUUCUAAAUGAUACUGGUGCAGGUCCAUUACAGCCCAGUAUCACCAACUUCAAGAACUCAAAGAAUAAAGUUGAUGGUUACAUGGAAUACCAUAUACCAAGCAUCCCGGCUAAGACAGAGAACGCUCCAACGGUUGCUACAAGCACCACUCCUAUGCAGACUACUCCAGGAUCUUCUCCCACAACGUACGAUGAUUGUUCAGGUGUGGUUCAAACCAGACUGGUGUUCAACUUGUCCUCUUCUGCCCUCAAUGUGAGUGAGGUCUUCAGUAAAAUUGCAGCUCUGAACUCUACACUCAAAAACAUCACUGAGCAUGUUACAGUGCUGAACAUCACCUAUGAGGGAAUUUCAAACAUCUCCACCACAGUUACCAUUCUAUUCAAAGUCUGUGAUAUCGACAAGCCCACAGGCCAGGACCACAAGAAUACAACCUACAACCCAGUGGGGAGCACCAUCAAUGACAUCGUAAACACACUUCUAAAUGAUACUGGUGCAGGUCCAUUACAGCCCAGUAUCACCAACUUCAAGAACUCAAAGAAUAAAGUUGAUGGUUACAUGGAAUACCAUAUACCAAGCAUCCCGGCUAAGACAGAGAACGCUCCAACGGUUGCUACAAGCACCACUCCUAUGCAGACUACUCCAGGAUCUUCUCCCACAACGUACGAUGAUUGUUCAGGUGUGGUUCAAACCAGACUGGUGUUCAACUUGUCCUCUUCUGCCCUCAAUGUGAGUGAGGUCUUCAGUAAAAUUGCAGCUCUGAACUCUACACUCAAAAACAUCACUGAGCAUGUUACAGUGCUGAACAUCACCUAUGAGGGAAUUUCAAACAUCUCCACCACAGUUACCAUUCUAUUCAAAGUCUGUGAUAUCGACAAGCCCACAGGCCAGGACCACAAGAAUACAACCUACAACCCAGUGGGGAGCACCAUCAAUGACAUCGUAAACACACUUCUAAAUGAUACUGGUGCAGGUCCAUUACAGCCCAGUAUCACCAACUUCAAGAACUCAAAGAAUAAAGUUGAUGGUUACAUGGAAUACCAUAUACCAAGCAUCCCGGCUAAGACAGAGAACGCUCCAACGGUUGCUACAAGCACCACUCCUAUGCAGACUACUCCAGGAUCUUCUCCCACAACGUACGAUGAUUGUUCAGGUGUGGUUCAAACCAGACUGGUGUUCAACUUGUCCUCUUCUGCCCUCAAUGUGAGUGAGGUCUUCAGUAAAAUUGCAGCUCUGAACUCUACACUCAAAAACAUCACUGAGCAUGUUACAGUGCUGAACAUCACCUAUGAGGGAAUUUCAAACAUCUCCACCACAGUUACCAUUCUAUUCAAAGUCUGUGAUAUCGACAAGCCCACAGGCCAGGACCACAAGAAUACAACCUACAACCCAGUGGGGAGCACCAUCAAUGACAUCGUAAACACACUUCUAAAUGAUACUGGUGCAGGUCCAUUACAGCCCAGUAUCACCAACUUCAAGAACUCAAAGAAUAAAGUUGAUGGUUACAUGGAAUACCAUAUACCAAGCAUCCCGGCUAAGACAGAGAACGCUCCAACGGUUGCUACAAGCACCACUCCUAUGCAGACUACUCCAGGAUCUUCUCCCACAACGUACGAUGAUUGUUCAGGUGUGGUUCAAACCAGACUGGUGUUCAACUUGUCCUCUUCUGCCCUCAAUGUGAGUGAGGUCUUCAGUAAAAUUGCAGCUCUGAACUCUACACUCAAAAACAUCACUGAGCAUGUUACAGUGCUGAACAUCACCUAUGAGGGAAUUUCAAACAACUCCACCACAGUUACCAUUCUAUUCAAAGUCUGUGAUAUCGACAAGCCCACAGGCCAGGACCACAAGAAUACAACCUACAACCCAGUGGGGAGCACCAUCAAUGACAUCGUAAACACACUUCUAAAUGAUACUGGUGCAGGUCCAUUACAGCCCAGUAUCACCAACUUCAAGAACUCAAAGAAUAAAGUUGAUGGUUACAUGGAAUACCAUAUACCAAGCAUCCCAGCUAAGACAGAGAACGCUCCAACGGUUGCUACAAGCACCACUCCUAUGCAGACUACUCCAGGAUCUUCUCCCACAACGUACGAUGAUUGUUCAGGUGUGGUUCAAACCAGACUGGUGUUCAACUUGUCCUCUUCUGCCCUCAAUGUGAGUGAGGUCUUCAGUAAAAUUGCAGCUCUGAACUCUACACUCAAAAACAUCACUGAGCAUGUUACAGUGCUGAACAUCACCUAUGAGGGAAUUUCAAACAUCUCCACCACAGUUACCAUUCUAUUCAAAGUCUGUGAUAUCGACAAGCCCACAGGCCAGGACCACAAGAAUACAACCUACAACCCAGUGGGGAGCACCAUCAAUGACAUCGUAAACACACUUCUAAAUGAUACUGGUGCAGGUCCAUUACAGCCCAGUAUCACCAACUUCAAGAACUCAAAGAAUAAAGUUGAUGGUUACAUGGAAUACCAUAUACCAAGCAUCCCGGCUAAGACAGAGAACGCUCCAACGGUUGCUACAAGCACCACUCCUAUGCAGACUACUCCAGGAUCUUCUCCCACAACGUAUGAUGAUUGUUCAGGUGUGGUUCAAACCAGACUGGUGUUCAACUUGUCCUCUUCUGCCCUCAAUGUGAGUGAGGUCUUCAGUAAAAUUGCAGCUCUGAACUCUACACUCAAAAACAUCACUGAGCAUGUUACAGUGCUGAACAUCACCUAUGAGGGAAUUUCAAACAACUCCACCACAGUUACCAUUCUAUUCAAAGUCUGUGAUAUCGACAAGCCCACAGGCCAGGACCACAAGAAUACAACCUACAACCCAGUGGGGAGCACCAUCAAUGACAUCGUAAACACACUUCUAAAUGAUACUGGUGCAGGUCCAUUACAGCCCAGUAUCACCAACUUCAAGAACUCAAAGAAUAAAGUUGAUGGUUACAUGGAAUACCAUAUACCAAGCAUCCCGGCUAAGACAGAGAACGCUCCAACGGUUGCUACAAGCACCACUCCUAUGCAGACUACUCCAGGAUCUUCUCCCACAACGUACGAUGAUUGUUCAGGUGUGGUUCAAACCAGACUGGUGUUCAACUUGUCCUCUUCUGCCCUCAAUGUGAGUGAGGUCUUCAGUAAAAUUGCAGCUCUGAACUCUACACUCAAAAACAUCACUGAGCAUGUUACAGUGCUGAACAUCACCUAUGAGGGAAUUUCAAACAACUCCACCACAGUUACCAUUCUAUUCAAAGUCUGUGAUAUCGACAAGCCCACAGGCCAGGACCACAAGAAUACAACCUACAACCCAGUGGGGAGCACCAUCAAUGACAUCGUAAACACACUUCUAAAUGAUACUGGUGCAGGUCCAUUACAGCCCAGUUUCACCAACUUUACGAGCUCAAAGAAUAAAGUUGAUGGCUACAUGGAAUACAAUAUACCAAGCAUCCCAGCUAAGCCAGGGACCGACACCGCUCCAACGGUUCCUGCAAGCACCACUCCAACUCAGACUUCUCCAGGACCUUCACCCACAAUGUAUAACAAUGGUUCAGCUGUGGUUCAAACCAGACUGGUGUUCAACUCGCCUUCUCCCUUUCCCAGUAAGAGUGAGGUCCUUAGUUUUAUUGAAGCUAAGCUGAACUCUACACUCACAAACUUCGCUGAUCCUGUAACAGUGCUGAACAUCGCCUAUGAGGAAAUCUCAAAUGCCUCCAACGCAGUUAUCAUUACAUUCAAAGUUAGUAACAUCAGCAUCCCUACAAACCCUGACCUCAUGAACAACACCUACAACCAAGUGGAGAGCAUCAUCAAUGGAAUUGUAAAUAUACUUCUGAAGAAUUAUACUAGUGCAGUUCCAUUACAGCCCACUACCUCCAACUUCACGAGCUCAGAGGAUGAAGUUAAUGGAUACAUGGAAUACAAUAUACCAAGCAUGCCCAGUCCGCCAGUUACCGACACCGCUCCAAUGGUUCCUGCAAGCACCACUCCAACGCAGACUUCUCCAGGACCUUCACCCACAAUGUACAACAAUGGUUCAGCUGUGGUUCAAACCAGACUGGUGUUCAACUCGUCUUCUCCUGUUCCCAGUAAGAGUGAGGUCCUUAGUGUUAUUGAAGCUCUACUGAACUCUACACUCACAAACCUCACUGAUCUUGUGACAGUGCUGAACAUCACCUAUGAGGAAAUCUCAAACGCCUCCUAUGCAGUUAUCAUUACAUUCAAAGUUAGUAACAUCAGCAUCCCUACGAACCCUGACCUCAUGAACAACACCUACAACCAAGUGGAGAGCAUCAUCAAUGGAAUUGUAAAUGUACUUCUGAAGAAUUAUACUACUGCAGUUCCAUUAGUGCCAAGUACCUCCAACUUCACGAGCUCAGACGAUGAAGUUAAUGGAUACCUGGAAUACAAUAUACCAAGCAUGCCCAGUCCGCCAGUUACCGACACCGCUCCAACGGUUCCCGCAAGCACCACUCCAACUCAGACUUCUCCAGGACCUUCACCCACAAUGUACAACAAUGGUUCAGCUGUGGUUCAAACCAGACUGGUGUUCAACUCGUCUUCUCCUGUUCCCAGUAAGAGUGAGGUCCUUAGUGCUAUUGAAGCUCUACUGAACUCUACACUCACAAACCUCACUGAUCUUGUGACAGUGCUGAACAUCACCUAUGAGGAAAUCUCAAACGCCUCCUAUGCAGUUAUCAUUACAUUCAAAGUUAGUAACAUCAGCAUCCCUACAAACCCUGACCUCAUGAACAACACCUACAACCAAGUGGAGAGCAUCAUCAAUGGAAUUGUAAAUGUACUUCUGAAAAAUUAUACUACUGCAGUUCCAUUAGUGCCAAGUACCUCCAACUUCAUGAGCUCAGAUGAUGAAGUUAAUGGAUACAUGGUAUACAAUAUACCAAGCAUGCACAGUCCGCCAGGGACCGACACCGCUCCAACGGUUCCCGCAAGCACCACUCCAACUCAGACUUCUCCAGGACCUUCACCCACAAUGUACAACAAUGGUUCAGCUGUGGUUCAAACCAGACUGGUGUUCAACUCGUCUUCUCCUGUUCCCAGUAAGAGUGAGGUCCUUAGUGCUAUUGAAGCUCUGCUGAACUCUACACUCACAAACCUCACUGAUCUUGUAACAGUGCUGAACAUCACCUAUGAGGAAAUCUCAAACUCCUCCAACGCAGUUAUCAUUACAUUCAAAGUUAGUAACCUCAGCAUCCCUACAAACCCUAACCUCAUGAACAACACCUACAACCAAGUGGAAAGCAUCAUCAAUGGAAUUGUAAGUGUACUUCUGAAGAAUUAUACUAGUGCAGUUCCAUUACAGCCCACUACCUCCAACUUCACGAGCUCAGAGGAUGAAGUUAAUGGAUACAUGGAAUACAAUAUACCAAGCAUGCCCAGUCCGCCAGUUACCGACACCGCUCCAACGGUUCCUGCAAGCACCACUCCAACGCAGACUUCUCCAGGACCUUCACCCACAAUGUACAACAAUGGUUCAGCUGUGGUUCAAACCAGACUGGUGUUCAACUCGUCUUCUCCUGUUCCCAGUAAGAGUGAGGUCCUUAGUGUUAUUGAAGCUCUACUGAACUCUACACUCACAAACCUCACUGAUCUUGUGACAGUGCUGAACAUCACCUAUGAGGAAAUCUCAAACGCCUCCUAUGCAGUUAUCAUUACAUUCAAAGUUAGUAACAUCAGCAUCCCUACAAACCCUGACCUCAUGAACAACAUCUACAACCAAGUGGAGAGCAUCAUCAAUGGAAUUGUAAAUGUACUUCUGAAGAAUUAUACUAGUGCAGUUCCAUUAGUGCCAAGUACCUCCAACUUCACGAGCUCAGACGAUGAAGUUAAUGGAUACAUGGAAUACAAUAUACCAAGCAUGCCCAGUCCGCCAGUUACCGACACCGCUCCAACGGUUCCCGCAAGCACCACUCCAACUCAGACUUCUCCAGGACCUUCACCCACAAUGUACAACAAUGGUUCAGCUGUGGUUCAAACCAGACUGGUGUUCAACUCGUCUUCUCCUGUUCCCAGUAAGAGUGAGGUCCUUAGUGCUAUUGAAGCUCUGCUGAACUCUACACUCACAAACCUCACUGAUCUUGUAACAGUGCUCAACAUCACCUAUGAGGAAAUCUCAAACUCCUCCAACGCAGUUAUCAUUACAUUCAAAGUUAGUAACCUCAGCAUCCCUACAAACCCUAAAGUCAUGAACAACACCUACAACCAAGUGGAGAGCAUCAUCAAUGGAAUUGUAAAUGUACUUCUGAAGAAUUAUACUAGUGCAGUUCCAUUACAGCCCACUACCUCCAACUUCACGAGCUCAGAGGAUGAAGUUAAUGGAUACAUGGAAUACAAUAUACCAAGCAUGCCCAGUCCGCCAGUUACCGACACCGCUCCAACGGUUCCUGCAAGCACCACUCCAACGCAGACUUCUCCAGGACCUUCACCCACAAUGUACAACAAUGGUUCAGCUGUGGUUCAAACCAGACUGGUGUUCAACUCGUCUUCUCCUGUUCCCAGUAAGAGUGAGGUCCUUAGUGUUAUUGAAGCUCUACUGAACUCUACACUCACAAACCUCACUGAUCUUGUGACAGUGCUGAACAUCACCUAUGAGGAAAUCUCAAACGCCUCCUAUGCAGUUAUCAUUACAUUCAAAGUUAGUAACAUCAGCAUCCCUACAAACCCUGACCUCAUGAACAACAUCUACAACCAAGUGGAGAGCAUCAUCAAUGGAAUUGUAAAUGUACUUCUGAAGAAUUAUACUAGUGCAGUUCCAUUAGUGCCAAGUACCUCCAACUUCACGAGCUCAGACGAUGAAGUUAAUGGAUACAUGGAAUACAAUAUACCAAGCAUGCCCAGUCCGCCAGUUACCGACACCGCUCCAACGGUUCCCGCAAGCACCACUCCAACUCAGACUUCUCCAGGACCUUCACCCACAAUGUACAACAAUGGUUCAGCUGUGGUUCAAACCAGACUGGUGUUCAACUCGUCUUCUCCUGUUCCCAGUAAGAGUGAGGUCCUUAGUGCUAUUGAAGCUCUGCUGAACUCUACACUCACAAACCUCACUGAUCUUGUAACAGUGCUCAACAUCACCUAUGAGGAAAUCUCAAACUCCUCCAACGCAGUUAUCAUUACAUUCAAAGUUAGUAACCUCAGCAUCCCUACAAACCCUAAAGUCAUGAACAACACCUACAACCAAGUGGAGAGCAUCAUCAAUGGAAUUGUAAAUGUACUUCUGAAGAAUUAUACUAGUGCAGUUCCAUUACAGCCCACUACCUCCAACUUCACGAGCUCAGAGGAUGAAGUUAAUGGAUACAUGGAAUACAAUAUACCAAGCAUGCCCAGUCCGCCAGUUAACGACACCGCUCCAACGGUUCCUGCAAGCACCACUCCAACGCAGACUUCUCCAGGACCUUCACCCACAAUGUACAACAAUGGUUCAGCUGUGGUUCAAACCAGACUGGUUUUCAACUCGUCUUCUCCUGUUCCCAGUAAGAGUGAGGUCCUUAGUGCUAUUGAAGCUCUGCUGAACUCUACACUCACAAACCUCACUGAUCUUGUAACAGUGCUCAACAUCACCUAUGAGGAAAUCUCAAACUCUUCCAACGCAGUUAUCAUUACAUUCAAAGUUAGUAACCUCAGCAUCCCUACAAACCCUAACCUCAUGAACAACACCUACAACCAAGUGGAGAGCAUCAUCAAUGGAAUUGUAAAUGUACUUCUGAAGAAUUAUACUAGUGCAGUUCCAUUAGUGCCAAGUACCUCCAACUUCACGAGCUCAGAUGAUGAAGUUAAUGGAUACAUGGUAUACAAUAUAUCAAGCAUGCACAGUCCGCCAGGGACCGACACUGCUCCAACGGUUCCCGCAAGCACCACUCCAACGCAGACUUCUCCAGGACCUUCACCCACAAUGUACAACAAUGGUUCAGCUGUGGUUCAAACCAGACUGGUGUUCAACUCAUCUUCUCCUGUUCCCAGUAAGAGUGAGGUCCUUAGUGCUAUUGAAGCUCUACUGAACUCUACACUCACAAACCUCACUGAUCUUGUGACAGUGCUGAACAUCACCUAUGAGGAAAUCUCAAACGCCUCCAACACAGUUAUCAUUACAUUCAAAGUUAGUAACAUCAGCAUCCCUACAAACCCUGACCUCAUGAACAACACCUACAACCAAGUGGAGAGCAUCAUCAAUGGAAUUGUAAAUGUACUUCUGAAGAAUUAUACUAGUGCAGUUCCAUUAGUGCCAAGUACCUCCAACUUCACGAGCUCAGACGAUGAAGUUAAUGGAUACCUGGAAUACAAUAUACCAAGCAUGCCCAGUCCGCCAGUUACCGACACCGCUCCAACGGUUCCCUCAAGCACCACUCCAACUCAGACUUCUCCAGGACCUUCACCCACAAUGUACAACAAUGGUUCAGCUGUGGUUCAAACCAGACUGGUGUUCAACUCGUCUUCUCCUGUUCCCAGUAAGAGUGAGGUCCUUAGUGCUAUUGAAGCUGUACUGAACUCUACACUCACAAACCUCACUGAUCUUGUGACAGUGCUGAACAUCACCUAUGAGGAAAUCUCAAACGCCUCCUAUGCAGUUAUCAUUACAUUCAAAGUUAGUAACAUCAGCAUCCCUACAAACCCUGACCUCAUGAACAACACCUACAACCAAGUGGAGAGCAUCAUCAAUGGAAUUGUAAAUGUACUUCUGAAAAAUUAUACUACUGCAGUUCCAUUAGUGCCAAGUACCUCCAACUUCAUGAGCUCAGAUGAUGAAGUUAAUGGAUACAUGGUAUACAAUAUACCAAGCAUGCACAGUCCACCAGGGACCGACACCGCUCCAACGGUUCCCGCAAGCACCACUCCAACUCAGACUUCUCCAGGACCUUCACCCACAAUGUACAACAAUGGUUCAGCUGUGGUUCAAACCAGACUGGUGUUCAACUCGUCUUCUCCUGUUCCCAGUAAGAGUGAGGUCCUUAGUGCUAUUGAAGCUCUGCUGAACUCUACACUCACAAACCUCACUGAUCUUGUAACAGUGCUGAACAUCACCUAUGAGGAAAUCUCAAACUCCUCCAACGCAGUUAUCAUUACAUUCAAAGUUAGUAACCUCAGCAUCCCUACAAACCCUAACCUCAUGAACAACACCUACAACCAAGUGGAAAGCAUCAUCAAUGGAAUUGUAAGUGUACUUCUGAAGAAUUAUACUAGUGCAGUUCCAUUACAGCCCACUACCUCCAACUUCACGAGCUCAGAGGAUGAAGUUAAUGGAUACAUGGAAUACAAUAUACCAAGCAUGCACAGUCCGCCAGUUACCGACACCGCUCCAACGGUUCCUGCAAGCACCACUCCAACGCAGACUUCUCCAGGACCUUCACCCACAAUGUACAACAAUGGUUCAGCUGUGGUUCAAACCAGACUGGUGUUCAACUCGUCUUCUCCUGUUCCCAGUAAGAGUGAGGUCCUUAGUGCUAUUGAAGCUCUACUGAACUCUACACUCACAAACCUCACUGAUCUUGUGACAGUGCUGAACAUCACCUAUGAGGAAAUCUCAAACGCCUCCUAUGCAGUUAUCAUUACAUUCAAAGUUAGUAACAUCAGCAUCCCUACAAACCCUAACCUCAUGAACAACACCUACAACCAAGUGGAAAGCAUCAUCAAUGGAAUUGUAAGUGUACUUCUGAAGAAUUAUACUAGUGCAGUUCCAUUACAGCCCACUACCUCCAACUUCACGAGCUCAGAGGAUGAAGUUAAUGGAUACAUGGAAUACAAUAUACCAAGCAUGCCCAGUCCGCCAGUUACCGACACCGCUCCAACGGUUCCUGCAAGCACCACUCCAACGCAGACUUCUCCAGGACCUUCACCCACAAUGUACAACAAUGGUUCAGCUGUGGUUCAAACCAGACUGGUGUUCAACUCGUCUUCUCCUGUUCCCAGUAAGAGUGAGGUCCUUAGUGCUAUUGAAGCUCUACUGAACUCUACACUCACAAACCUCACUGAUCUUGUGACAGUGCUGAACAUCACCUAUGAGGAAAUCUCAAACGCCUCCUAUGCAGUUAUCAUUACAUUCAAAGUUAGUAACAUCAGCAUCCCUACAAACCCUGACCUCAUGAACAACACCUACAACCAAGUGGAGAGCAUCAUCAAUGGAAUUGUAAAUGUACUUCUGAAAAAUUAUACUACUGCAGUUCCAUUAGUGCCAAGUACCUCCAACUUCAUGAGCUCAGAUGAUGAAGUUAAUGGAUACAUGGUAUACAAUAUACCAAGCAUGCACAGUCCGCCAGGGACCGACACCGCUCCAACGGUUCCCGCAAGCACCACUCCAACUCAGACUUCUCCAGGACCUUCACCCACAAUGUACAACAAUGGUUCAGCUGUGGUUCAAACCAGACUGGUGUUCAACUCGUCUUCUCCUGUUCCCAGUAAGAGUGAGGUCCUUAGUGCUAUUGAAGCUCUACUGAACUCUACACUCACAAACCUCACUGAUCUUGUAACAGUGCUGAACAUCACCUAUGAGGAAAUCUCAAACUCCUCCAACGCAGUUAUCAUUACAUUCAAAGUUAGUAACCUCAGCAUCCCUACAAACCCUAACCUCAUGAACAACACCUACAACCAAGUGGAAAGCAUCAUCAAUGGAAUUGUAAGUGUACUUCUGAAGAAUUAUACUAGUGCAGUUCCAUUACAGCCCACUACCUCCAACUUCACGAGCUCAGAGGAUGAAGUUAAUGGAUACAUGGAAUACAAUAUACCAAGCAUGCCCAGUCCGCCAGUUACCGACACCGCUCCAACGGUUCCUGCAAGCACCACUCCAACGCAGACUUCUCCAGGACCUUCACCCACAAUGUACAACAAUGGUUCAGCUGUGGUUCAAACCAGACUGGUGUUCAACUCGUCUUCUCCUGUUCCCAGUAAGAGUGAGGUCCUUAGUGCUAUUGAAGCUCUACUGAACUCUACACUCACAAACCUCACUGAUCUUGUGACAGUGCUGAACAUCACCUAUGAGGAAAUCUCAAACGCCUCCUAUGCAGUUAUCAUUACAUUCAAAGUUAGUAACAUCAGCAUCCCUACAAACCCUGACCUCAUGAACAACACCUACAACCAAGUGGAGAGCAUCAUCAAUGGAAUUGUAAAUGUACUUCUGAAAAAUUAUACUACUGCAGUUCCAUUAGUGCCAAGUACCUCCAACUUCAUGAGCUCAGAUGAUGAAGUUAAUGGAUACAUGGUAUACAAUAUACCAAGCAUGCACAGUCCGCCAGGGACCGACACCGCUCCAACGGUUCCCGCAAGCACCACUCCAACUCAGACUUCUCCAGGACCUUCACCCACAAUGUACAACAAUGGUUCAGCUGUGGUUCAAACCAGACUGGUGUUCAACUCGUCUUCUCCUGUUCCCAGUAAGUGUGAGGUCCUUAGUGCUAUUGAAGCUCUGCUGAACUCUACACUCACAAACCUCACUGAUCUUGUAACAGUGCUGAACAUCACCUAUGAGGAAAUCUCAAACUCCUCCAACGCAGUUAUCAUUACAUUCAAAGUUAGUAACCUCAGCAUCCCUACAAACCCUAACCUCAUGAACAACACCUACAACCAAGUGGAAAGCAUCAUCAAUGGAAUUGUAAGUGUACUUCUGAAGAAUUAUACUAGUGCAGUUCCAUUACAGCCCACUACCUCCAACUUCACGAGCUCAGAGGAUGAAGUUAAUGGAUACAUGGAAUACAAUAUACCAAGCAUGCCCAGUCCGCCAGUUACCGACACCGCUCCAACGGUUCCUGCAAGCACCACUCCAACGCAGACUUCUCCAGGACCUUCACCCACAAUGUACAACAAUGGUUCAGCUGUGGUUCAAACCAGACUGGUGUUCAACUCGUCUUCUCCUGUUCCCAGUAAGAGUGAGGUCCUUAGUGCUAUUGAAGCUCUACUGAACUCUACACUCACAAACCUCACUGAUCUUGUGACAGUGCUGAACAUCACCUAUGAGGAAAUCUCAAACGCCUCCUAUGCAGUUAUCAUUACAUUCAAAGUUAGUAACAUCAGCAUCCCUACAAACCCUGACCUCUUGAACAACACCUACAACCAAGUGGAGAGCAUCAUCAAUGGAAUUUUAAAUGUACUUCUGAAGAAUUAUACUAGUGCAGUUCCAUUAGUGCCAAGUACCUCCAACUUCAUGAGCUCAGAUGAUGAAGUUAAUGGAUACAUGGUAUACAAUAUACCAAGCAUGCACAGUCCGCCAGGGACCGACACCGCUCCAACGGUUCCCGCAAGCACCACUCCAACUCAGACUUCUCCAGGACCUUCACCCACAAUGUACAACAAUGGUUCAGCUGUGGUUCAAACCAGACUGGUGUUCAACUCGUCUUCUCCUGUUCCCAGUAAGAGUGAGGUCCUUAGUGCUAUUGAAGCUGUACUGAACUCUACACUCACAAACCUCACUGAUCUUGUGACAGUGCUGAACAUCACCUAUGAGGAAAUCUCAAACGCCUCCUAUGCAGUUAUCAUUACAUUCAAAGUUAGUAACAUCAGCAUCCCUACAAACCCUGACCUCAUGAACAACACCUACAACCAAGUGGAGAGCAUCAUCAAUGGAAUUGUAAAUGUACUUCUGAAGAAUUAUACUACUGCAGUUCCAUUAGUGCCAAGUACCUCCAACUUCAUGAGCUCAGAUGAUGAAGUUAAUGGAUACAUGGUAUACAAUAUACCAAGCAUGCACAGUCCGCCAGGGACCGACACAGCUCCAACGGUUCCUGCAAGCACCACUCCUAUGCAGACUACUCCAGGACCUUCACCCACAAUAUACAACAAUGGUUCAGCUGUGGUUCAAACCAGACUGGUGUUCAACUCGCCUUCUCCUGUUCCCAGUACGAGUGAGGUCCUUAGUUUUAUUGAAGCUCUGCUGAACUCUACACUCACAAACCUCGCUGAUCCUGUAACAGUGCUGAACAUCACCUAUGAGGAAAUCUCAAACACCUCCAAUGCAGUUAUCUUUACUUUCAAAGUUAAUAACAUCAGCAUCCCGACAAACCCUGACCUCAUGAACAACACCUACAACCAAGUGGAGAGCAUCAUCAAUGGAAUUGUAAAUGCACUUCUAAAUAAUUUUGCUGUAGGUCCAUUCCAUCCUAAUUCUUCCAACUUCACGAGCUCAGAGGAUGAAGUUAAUGGAUACAUGGAAUACAAUAUACCAAGCAUGCCCAGUCCGCCAGUUACCGACCCAGCUCCAAAGGUACCUGAUCUCAUUACACCAGAGCCAACUUCUCAAGGAUCUCCAGCCACAAUCAAUGGUUCAGCUGUGGUUCAAACCAGACUGGUGUUCAACUCGUCUUCUCCUGUUCCCAGUAAGAGUGAGGUCCUUAGUGCUAUUGAAGCUCUACUGAACUCUACACUCACAAACCUCACUGAUCUUGUGACAGUGCUGAACAUCACCUAUGAGGAAAUCUCAAACGCCUCCUAUGCAGUUAUCAUUACAUUCAAAGUUAGUAACAUCAGCAUCCCUACAAACCCUGACCUCAUGAACAACACCUACAACCAAGUGGAGAGCAUCAUCAAUGGAAUUGUAAAUGUACUUCUGAAGAAUUAUACUACUGCAGUUCCAUUAGUGCCAAGUACCUCCAACUUCAUGAGCUCAGAUGAUGAAGUUAAUGGAUACAUGGUAUACAAUAUACCAAGCAUGCACAGUCCGCCAGGGACCGACACAGCUCCAACGGUUCCUGCAAGCACCACUCCUAUGCAGACUACUCCAGGACCUUCACCCACAAUAUACAACAAUGGUUUAGCUGUGGUUCAAACCAGACUGGUGUUCAACUCGCCUUCUCCUGUUCCCAGUACGAGUGAGGUCCUUAGUUUUAUUGAAGCUCUGCUGAACUCUACACUCACAAACCUCGCUGAUCCUGUAACAGUGCUGAACAUCACCUAUGAGGAAAUCUCAAACACCUCCAAUGCAGUUAUCAUUACUUUCAAAGUUAAUAACAUCAGCAUCCCGACAAACCCUGACCUCAUGAACAACACCUACAACCAAGUGGAGAGCAUCAUCAAUGGAAUUGCAAAUGCACUUCUAAAUAAUUUUGCUGUAGGUCCAUUCCAUCCUAAUUCUUCCAACUUCACGAGCUCAGAGUAUGAAGUUAAUGGAUACAUGGAAUACAAUAUACCAAGCAUGCCCAGUCCGCCAGUUACCGACCCAGCUCCAAAGGUACCUGAUCUCAUUACACCAGAGCCAACUUCUCAAGGAUCUCCAGCCACAAUCAAUGGUUCAGCUGUGGUUCAAACCAGACUGGUGUUCAACUCGUCUUCUCCUGUUCCCAGUAAGAGUGAGGUCCUUAGUGCUAUUGAAGCUCUACUGAACUCUACACUCACAAACCUCACUGAUCUUGUGCCAGUGCUGAACAUCACCUAUGAGGAAAUCUCAAACGCCUCCUAUGCAGUUAUCAUUACAUUCAAAGUUAGUAACAUCAGCAUCCCUACAAACCCUGACCUCAUGAACAACACCUACAACCAAGUGGAGAGCAUCAUCAAUGGAAUUGUAAAUGUACUUCUGAAGAAUUAUUCUAGUGCAGUUCCAUUACAGCCCAGUACCUCCAACUUCACGAGCUCAGAGGAUGAAGUUAAUGGUUACAUGGAAUACAAUAUACCAAGCAUGCCCAGUCCGCCAGUUACCGAUCCCUCUGUAAAAGAUUCAUCAACUACAAAGACUGGAACUGUACUCAUUUAUAUCAAACUGAUAUUCCAAAACUUGAUCAUUGUACCGCCUGAAACUUUGGUACUCAAAACUGCUGUUGAAAAGCUGGAAUCAAAGAUCAGAAGACAGCGUGAUACUGCAACACAAACACUUGAUCAACCUGUCAGUAUACAAGACAUCAUCUACACAAAAACAGGUAACAACUCAUUCUCUUUGGAUCUGGCAUUCAAGAACGUCAAUGUAAAUCUAUCUAAUCGGUGUGAUACAGAAUUUAACAACAAGACCUAUGAAAUAAUACAAAAUGAAAUCAACGGCCUGAUGAAUACAAUCCUAAGUAAACCACAGACUCCACUGUUUACUUUUCCACCGGCAAAUUUCACGUGUAAUGAUACUGAAGCAGUGAUUGUGGCUAAUGUAAUAUAUGUCUAUAAAGAGGGUGAUAUUCAGUCACCAAGUAGCUUUCUUCUUGAAUUACUCAAAGAAAGUGGUUUGUUGUACUACACCCUUCCUCCACUUGUAUCAAUUGAGCCUCACAAUUCAGGAAACAGCACCAACACAUCGGCUGCAUGGAUCCUAGGCAUCGUUAUCCCCUGUGGUAUAGUCAUCAUUCUUCUGCCAUGCUGGAUUCUACUCUGUUGUCUUCUUUGUGGAUGCUGUGCAAGAAUUAGAAGACGCUGGCGCAGGCGACAAUCAUACAAUGUUCAGUAUCAAACUCAUAACAGCCUCUUCUAAAGUACAGAAUAUUUUCAUCUGUAGUUCAUUUUAGUGUCUUUGUCUGCCUUCAUAUACAAAAGCAGAUCCUUUUAGACAUACUCUUUCAUACUACAUAAAUGUAACAAAGUGAAUUAAAUUAAAUCUGUGCGUAUGUUAAUUAUGUGAAGUAUCUCGAAUCAUUUUAUGCUUUCUAUCUUGAUUUACAUCCUGUACCUGUAUUGCUGGACCUAUACAGGAUAUAUAAUAAAUUAAUGAAAUACAACUUAAUUAAGAAUAUAGUAUCACAAGAGAUUUUUUAUUUAUUUGUCUAAUUUAUUUUCAAAUAGUAUUUUAUGUUAAUUUAUUAAAUUAUUUCUUAAAUAAACAAUUUUACUAUACAUUUCAAAAUUUAUUUCUAUAUAACUGUAUUUAUUUAUAUAUGCACUUUAUCAGUAUGUCAACAAGUAACCACUGUGCAGUAUGUCCUAUUACUUGCUACUUGUAAUGACUCUCCAACAAAUAAAAUAAUUAUUAACAUCA